AAGCUUUUAUGCGCAUGUCAGUAUAACAAUAAUAAUAUGAUGUAGAUUCACGGGGUGGUGAGAAGCGAUAGUAUACUCCCGGUGAGUCGCGUAGAAGAAAUGGAGAACCGACACACACACACACACACACACACAUUUAUUAAUACAAAUAAAAACAGGGAAUUCGUUAAGCCGUUUUAUAGUAUAUUUCAAGUGUAUCUCGCCAUUAUGUAUAGGUAACAGUGGCGUAAUUUGGUCAUGUUUGUUGAGAGCGAUUGAAACAUUUACCCCAACACCGGCACCACCCGCCAAAAGAAAAAAUUGGUUUAUAUUAUAAAAACCUCUCGGUGACUCAGUCCAACCAUUGUGAUCUGUAAUCUGUAUAAUAUAUUAAUAACAACAACAGUUAUUAACAUUAUGGCAAUUACUGUACCAAAACAAAAUGAAUUAAAUAGGGCACAAAAAUCACUUUUGGAAAAAGUUUUUUAUCCUAGAACUAAAAUCCAUUCCACAAUAAACCAUCAUUCUACCGAACUACAAAAUUCAUUUGGUGUUUCUGGAAAUGUAGGAAUUGGAUUUCAUUUUGGGAGUGGUUAUAGAAUAAAAAACGGUGAUGGAAAAGGAGAUCAGGAAAUUGUGCACAACAAAAUUUAUGAUAAGUAUUUGGGGACUAGUUUUGGUUUUGGAUCAUUGGGAAAUAACAAAAAAGGUCAUGUUGAAAAUGUUGAACAAUCAGUUACGGCAGACCAGAACACUAUUUAUCAUGACGAAGUUAAUUUAAUAGAUCAAGAGUCAGACAGUGAAAUAAUUCCAACUACUACAGCAACAGCAACACCAAAGACUGGAGUCUUCCGAAAAAUCAGUAACUAUUGGGCCGGUGAACAGUCAGAACCCAAAAGUAACUAUACUAGUAGCGGUAUUUUUAAAUGGAGUAUGCAAAAUUUAAAAAACAAAAAUAAUGUCGGAACACCUAGAUAAAAAAAAAAUGUUAAAUGCCUAUUAUUGAUGUAAACCUAUAGUAUUGUUAUUAGCCAUUUGGUAAAAUAAUUAGAUAGGUACUUACAAAAAUAUAUUUUUAUUUUAAUAUCACAAUGGUUUUAGAAGCACUAAAAUAAUAUACAUAGUUAUUAGUUAUUAAUAUACUAUAAUUUCAAAUAUGUAAUUAGAAAACCAUAUUUAACAAUUAACUAUUAAGUAUUAAGACAAUAAUUGUGAAUUAAAAUCCAAAUCUCAAAUCGGUAUCGGUAUAUUUUCACUGUUCUAUUUGUUUUUUUUUUAUUGAUAACGCAGAUAACAAUA